CCCCUAAAGCCGUCAGUAGCAGCAAACGGGAAUUGUAUAUCGUAGGAAUCUGACGACGCCGAUUCUCCUCCAAAGCAAACCCACCAAGCAGAACAGUCUAGCUGCUCAGAUGCCUCCCCGAAUCGCUUACGCCUCGCAGGGCCGGUUCGACCUGUUAGGCAUGGACGACGGCGCAGCGUCAGCGUCCGAAAGUGAGCACGAGGAUGAGCAAGUUUUUAGCCCUUCUACGGCUCAGGUGGCAGAGGAACCGGUCGUCUCGAAGAAAAAGUCGGGAAAGAACAAGUCCUCAGCAAACUCGACGCCUACAGUCGAGACACCCGAACCGGUCUUAUCGUUGUCCACGAUUCAAAAGGUAGAGGAGAGCGUAAAGGAAAAAGUGGAAGAGGUUGCCGCCCUGGCUCCUUCGUUGCCCGAAGUCAUCUCCAGCUUGACCGGCGACAAGCCUACAUCGGAACCCAUGGAAGCGCCUUCUAAUGGAGCAGGACAAGGAGUUUCUGCCACUGUUGAAACCACGUCGGCUGGGAGCUCCACCGCCAAGCCUACGAAAAAGGGCAAAAAGAGCAAAAAGACCGACCCAGCUCAGCUCCCCUCUACCUCGUUCUCCCCCUCGCUUCCUGCCUCGCUCCCCGUCCCAUCCUCUCCCAAUACUUCGGCUCAAUCCACCGACGACAAGACUACCGAGACGGAGAUCUUCAACUCGAACCACAAACGCCCGGCUCCUACCGAGUUCAACCUGGAUAACAAGGGAGUCGUGACCCCGCCUUCGAAAGGGGUCAAAUUCGAGGAUGGCUUGAGCCCGGGACAGGGAAAAGAGGGCGAGACGGUCAUCCCCGGUGUAGGGAGGUAUACCAAGGAAGAGCUCGAGGUCGUCAAGAAGAACCUGGGGGAGUUGGCCGAGGUCGUGCAGGGCAAGAAGAAGAGUAAUGCGGUCGAGAGGACCGUCUGGACCUUGAUCAUGAUCACCUUCUUUUUGGUCCUCCUCGCCCUCGGAUCACCAUAUAUGAUCCUGUUGGUCUUUGUCAUCCAGUGCCUCGUCUACAAAGAGGUUACCGCCCUGUUCGACCUGUCCUUUAAAAACGACACGACCGAGAACAACACCGAAGCUGGAGAUCAAUGGAGCAAGACGUUGAACUGGUACUUUUUCGUCGUCAGCAACUACUUUUUGUACGGCGAGAGUAUCAUCUAUUAUUUCAAACACAUCGUCUUUGUCGACGCCUACUUUUUGCCCUUUGCGCAGAAUCACAGGUUCAUCAGCUUUAUGCUCUAUGUAUUUGGCUUCAUGGGCUUUGUGAUGAGCCUGCAAAAGCAAUAUUUGAGACGACAAUUCGGUCUCUUCUGUUGGGUCCACAUGACGCUACUAUUAAUCGUCGUCUCGAGCCAUUUUAUCGUCAACAACAUUCUCGAGGGCAUGAUUUGGUUCUUUGUCCCCGCCUCGCUCGUCAUCUGUAACGACAUCUUUGCUUACAUUUGUGGCAAAACGUUUGGAAAGACGUCUUUGUUCAAGUUGAGCCCCAAAAAGACCGUCGAGGGUUUCGUCGGAGCGUUCUUCUGCACUUCGAUCUUUGCCGUCUUUUGGGGAACGUUCUUUAUGCGAUUCCCUUACAUGACCUGCCCCGCCCAAGACCUCGGCGUGAGCGCUUGGUCCGACAUUCACUGCACUCCCAACCCCGUCUUCCUCUGGACCUCGUUCGAAUGGCCCUCGUUCGUUCAAUCCGCCGCCCAGUCGAUCGUGGGCCGAGAUAUCCCUUCGAUCCCGUACGCGCCAUUCCAGAUCCACUCGUUGAUCAUGGCCGCGUUUGCCUCGCUCGUGGCGCCGUUUGGAGGGUUCUUUGCGAGCGGCUUCAAGAGGGCGUUUGAUAUCAAGGAUUUCGGAGAUAGCAUCCCUGGACAUGGGGGGAUGACCGAUCGCAUGGAUUGCCAAUUCAUCAUGGGCAUUUUCAGUGCGGUCUACUAUAGCAGCCUCAUCAGGGUCCACCACGUGACGGUCGGCUCGGUGCUUCAGACCGUAGUCAACUCGCUGACUACGGAGGAACAGUUGACGUUGUUGCACGACCUGCAGAGGUAUUUGCAGGGUCAGGGCAAGCUGGCCGCGGGUGCUGCCGGUGGUGCGGUCAAGGGCGCGGUCGAAGCUGGUGCUGGGUCGAUAUGAGGUGUAUGGAGGGGCGGAAGGUCGUCAGCAGAUCAGGUAUAGAUAGAGGGAGUGAGGGUGGCGACAUGUCUGUCAAGAGUUUCUAGACGUAGAGAGCACCGAUAAUAAUAUUGGAUCAGAAU